AUGUCACAAUCCUGCGGGUUUAUGGACCUACCCACCGAACUAUUCCUAGAAAUUCUCAAAAACCUCAAUAGUUUGGAAAAGACACAGCUUUCAGCCUGCUCCAAGUCAUUCUACUCCACGAUAUUCCCAUUCCGCAAUAUUGAUACCAUAAAAAUUGAUGUUGACAACGAAUACAUCCCAACUACCCUCAAAAUAUUCAAAGAGAACGAAUUUUUUGCUCAGUUCCUAGGUUUCUAUACUCGUAUUACCUUUGACCUCCCUACAGUGGAGGAUCUAUCUCUUUUAAUACCAUUACUGUCAAACUUCUCGUCUGUCACUACGAUCAUAUUAAGGAUCAGGAAAUGCUUUGGUCUAGAAAAAACAGUAUACGUCAAAGCCCUUUCUUCAUUAUCUGCACUGCCUUACUACAAUAAGAUCCAGAACCUGAAUUUUAGUUGGAAAGAUGUUCUUAGCGACUUGUAUCCCCAAGGAUACUAUAGCAAGCAUCAAGAUGAUGUUGAACACAUGACCACGAGGACAAAAAUGCUGAGAGGGUACCAGGGUGGCGACGGAUACAUAGAACGUGGCAUAAUACAUGGCGAUUUCGGUAUUAUAGAAGAAGCGGGUCUCGGUCAUACACAACAAGAAAUUCGCCAACGUGAUGGUUUCAGAAGGAAUACAGAACAAGAGAGGGGAUCUGGGUAUUCCGCUCUAGGUCGUUAUUGGGUACCGAAUAGUCUACUGUACCUGAAAUUGAUGGUUCCAAAUUACGAAUAUUCGUUUUGGUUCCUUUUGCUGCAUUGUUCCAAAAUCAUGGUCUUGGAAGUCCCCUCCCCAGAAACCUCUGGAACAAGUUCUAACGAUAUCUUGGGGCCCACAAACGACUUUCCUCGAAUCUACAAGAAUCCAGUACUAUAUCAACCAAUACACCCAACUAUCAAGGCCCUAACCCUUUCAUCUCCAAGAAACGAAGACGAAUAUCUAGAAUUCCUACCACAACUCCAAAUCUAUUUCCCAAAUCUAAUCUCUUUGAUCACACUAGGACAACGCUCGGGGGGUACAGCUAGUUAUGUCUGGCCUUCCGCGCUUCCCAAUCUGCCAAAACUCAAAUGCCUUGCUUUACUGUUUCUUCCGAUAGGAUACCUAGAAAACGUCAUGGCAGAAAAACUUACUCAGGGAUAUUAUAAAGAGCUAAGGAUUAUUAGAUCAGCUUUUGGCUUCAAAUUUGUGCGGGGGUUUAUAAUUACCAGGAUCGGUGAAGGCUCUGGUGGACAGGCGUGGAAUGGGGAGUAUGAAUGGGUGAACGAUAAAGAAAGGAAUCUGGACAAUCAUCCAAAAGAAUUUUCCUAUCUGAAUGGUCAUGGAACUGCUUGGUGGGACCCCGAAGAUUUAGAAGAGCUGAAGAAGAAUACGAUGGCUAGUGAAGAUUUUGGGGCAGGCGGGGAUGAAUUUAUAUCUACAGAAUACGAGGAAGGUUCGGAGUAUGACUCUGAAAGGGAAAGAGUUGUUAUAGAGGCAGCUGUCAAGCUUAAAAAACAAGAAGAGAAGGAGCUUCGGGAAGAGAACUUCUAG